AUGGCUCCCCUAGAAGCUCCAGAGACGAUCGUGAUUGAUAGCAAGAAAUACAGGCACGUUCGCGAAGGUCUAGCUUCGGUGCUUGCUCCAUACGCCGAAGAACCCCCAACAUCAGGCAAACACUCCAAAAACAACGAUGAGGGCAACCAAGCCGUCUUUUAUAAUCCUAUUCAGCAGUUCAACCGAGACCUGAGUGUCCUCGCAAUCAGUGUUUAUGGUGAGGGUUCCCUCUUGGAGAAGCAAACCAGGGCCACUCAAAAAAAUCAGCAUGCAAAAAAGAGGAAGGCCGCAAGAAAACUGGAUCCUCCACCUGUCGAUCAACUAGAUAACGAGGCUAGCAACGGAUCAGAGCAGCCUAACAACCGGAAGCGUAAAGCAGACCAUUUGGAAGAUCCAGUCGACAGCAACAAUGCAGAAGAGUCUGCAAAAAGGCUCAAAGCUAAAGAACCUGACGAAGAUGACGAAGAACCACUCGUUGCCGAAUUAAAUGCUGACCCUGCGGGUGCUGGGAUUGGAGAAAUCCAACAACCAAAGAGUAAUGGGCACCCACAGGCUACCGAACGCGGGGCUAGUCAACCUCCAGUCCCAAAGAAGCAGCUGUCUUUCUCUAUUCUGGACGCCUUGUCUGCAACUGGUCUCCGAGCGUUGCGAUACGCCAAAGAAAUACCAUUUGCUACCAAUAUUGUCGCAAAUGACCUCUCUCCGGCAUCGGUCGAGAAUAUCAAACUAAACAUCAAGCACAACGAAGUCGAAGACAAAGUCCGAUCCAAUCUCGGCGAUGCUCGAUCUUUCAUGUACAGCAAAGUUGGAAACGAGCAAUCAAAACCUGCAGAAGGAUACGUGCAUCGAUACGAUGUCAUCGACAUCGACCCUUACGGAACAGCAGCUCCUUUUUUUGACUGCAGUCUGCAGGCAAUUCAGGAUGGUGGGUUGUUGUGUAUUACUUGCACGGAUGCUGGCGUCUUUGCGUCGACGGGAUAUCCUGAGAAGGCGUUUGCACUGUACGGUGGGAUGCCGAUCAAAGGGCCACAUUCACACGAAGGCGGAUUGAGACUGAUCCUCAAUGGGGUUGCUAUGUCUGCUGCAAAAUACGGUCUUGCAAUCGAGCCCCUUCUGUCGCUGUACAUCGACUACUAUGCUCGGCUCUUCAUCCGAGUUCACCGAAAACAACACGAGGUCAAGCUAUUAGCUGGCACAUCAAUGACAGUCUACAAUUGCGGACACGGCUGCGGAGCUUGGGUUACGCAGCCUCUGCUUCGGAAUCAAGCACGGACGUCGAAAAUUGGCGACACAUUCUACAAAUUCUCAUAUGCCCAAGCACCGUCCACAAAUCGAAAUUGUGAGCAUUGCGGUUCAACGAUGCAUCUGUGCGGCCCGAUGUGGGCAGGUUCCUUGCAUAAUCCACACUUCGUGGAGAGGAUGCUCGAGAAGGUCCGAACGUUGGACAAAACCAUAUAUGGCACUGUCGAUCGGAUCAAGGGAAUGCUUACGCUGGCCCUAGAGGAGGAUCUCAUGCCCAAUGACUCGGCUCCCGAUUCCACAGGAAUCUCAGAAUCAAAGGAUGCAACUGCGCCCGACCCGAGAUCAAUACCAAGGCUGGCGACUAACAUGCCUGAUAAUGCUCCAUUCUUCAUCAUGCCCACCUACUUGGCAAAGACAAUUCAUUGUGCUACUCCUUCGGAGGAUGCAAUGAGAGGCGCCCUGCUUGGUCUCGGCUACAAAGUCUCUAGGUCUCAUUGCAAGCCAGGCAGUAUCAAAACGAACGCGCCGUGGUCUGUUUUGUGGGAAGUCAUACGAGAAUUCAUGCGGACCAAAGCACCUAUCAAGGAAGGGUCUGUGAAGAAGGGCACAGUAGGGUAUAAUAUUCUAGCGAGGGUCAGAGGGUCGGAGCGCGCUGUUGUGUCGGGGUUGAAAGACGCCACGAGGGAACAGCUUUGGAGAUGUGAGACGAAAGACGACCUGAAAACCGUGCUACAAGGGAUGUUAUAUCGGUUGGAAAACGAACAGGCAAUGCUCGAAAAGGAGAGCAGCGGAUCGUCCGAAGCCAAAGACGACAGUGAAGAAGCAAGAGCUCGGACCGAGGGAUCACCUAUCGGUCGUCGGUCACGAUCCAAAAGUCCCUCAGCACCACCGCCGAACAGGCUCAAGAUUACCUUCGACGAGAACUUGGGCAAGCAGAAGUCUCGUGGCAAGUUAUUGAGGUAUCAGAUGAAUCCGAGGGAAAAUUGGGGCCCGAUGAGUCGAGCUGGAAGGACGACAUGA